AUGCAGUACUACACGCCAGACGGAGUUUCUAAGGGCAACGCGUUGAAUGCAACCUGCUUAAGCAAGCACUUGUCCGCAUCCGAUGGCCGGGCAUCAUCAAGCUCCUUGGAAGAAGACGAUCAAGUGGCGCCGGAUGUAGUGAAGCCCGAGGAGGAGCUACCAAACGGCUCGCGUGAACGCAAGGCGCAGAGAAGGGCAGACGAGAAAAGGGGACGUGAGGCAGAAGAGGAAGAGGAUGUAGAAGAUAUUGUGGAAAGAGGCAACAAAAAGAGAAAAGUACAAGCAGGCUCUCAGUACCCGGGCAGCGAUAAGAGCGACACCAUUCCCGGCAAGAAGAUGAACUUGGUUAGAAAAGGCAGAGCCUCAAGAGAUAUCAACGAGGCGUGCGAGGGUCGUGCUGAGAUGGACGAUCUGAACAAUGUGGCCGAUGCUCACGACAACAGCUUCACCUGGUCACUGGCCUAUGAUCUUUUGACGUUGGCAAGAGAGAUUGAAGAGUCCUUUGCUGCAGAAGACUCUAAACUGAUCAAAGAACUGCUCUCUGUAAUAGAAAGUCUCAACAGAACCAUGGUCCUUGUUCAGCAAAGCGGUCUUGUGCUCACGGCCUCGAUGAUCCAGCCCAUUUUGGCCAACCUUCGGCAGACCUGCCUGGCCGACGACGAGUUGGCUAGCAACUGGGAGUCAUCUUUACACUCGACGGUCGAGAAGCCUAGUCUGCUGCUGUCUGGUGUGGCAGCAAUGGUUGACGGAAAAAUGAUGUCGAGUCCACCUCGUGCGACCACCAGAGCUCCGGGCCUCGUCGACGCAGCGUUGGCAGCUGGGCUCAACAACGGCGGUCUGAUUGGAAAAGUCCGAGGACAGGGCUGCCAGAUGGCCUACAGAUUCGGUGUUACAGCGAACAAGGGGAAAAGCAAAAUCACGAAUGAAGGAAAGCGGAAGAAAGAGGAUAAAAUGAUGAAAAAAGAGGAUGAGCAAGAGGAAGACGAAGAGGAAGAGGAGGGGAAGCAGGAUGACGAGGAGGUGGAGGAGGAGAAGAAGAAGGAGAAAGAUUAUGAGAAAGAAGUGGAAGUGGAAGAGAGGAAGGAAGAGGAGGAGGAGGAGGAGGAGGAGGAGGAGCAGAAGGAAGAGAAGGCCGAGGAUGCUAGAGAAGAGGGG